UGUGUCUUUUUGUGCUGCAUGUGUGAUGUAGAAAGAGGAGACAACAUGAGCUGUGUGUUUUUGCAUAUCAAUGGCAUCCAGGCUCGGAUGCAGAAAGAUUCUGAGCUUUCUAGCAGCUGUCUGCUCGCCUCAACUCCUCAUAUUUAAGGGGCUUUCUUGUGGCCUUGCAGAGCUGACAUGAACAUCUUUACUAAGGUUCCAGGAUUAACCCAACAAACCAGCAAGCUGGGGUCUGUGCUCCAACGUGCCUUCUACGGGUCCAGUGGGAGGGUGACCCUCUUCGAACAGAGGAACUUCGCUGGCAGACGGCUGGACCUGAACUCUGACUGUCCCAGGAUCAGCGAGAGGAACUUCCCAGAGAGAUGUAACUCAGUGCAGGUGGAGAGCGGAGCAUGGGUGGGCUUUGAGCACGAGAACUACAGGGGCCGUCAGUACCUGUGGGACAUGUCUGACAGGGGGGAGUACAACUGCUACGAUAAGUGGUGUGCUCAGGUGGACCACGUCUCCUCUGUGCGUCCCGUCAAGCAGGACAACGGCCUCCCCAGAGCUCAGUUGUUUGAGCGCGCCGGCUUCUCUGGGAAGAAGAUGGAAAUCCAAGAUGACGUUCCAAACCUGAUGAGCCGCUACAGCCUGAACCGGAUCGCCUCCAUCCGGGUGCUGGGAGGAGCGUGGGUGGUUUACCAGGAGCCCAACUACAGAGGACCUCACUACAUCCUGGAGAAACGAGACUACAACAACUACUCCGACUGGGGCAGCCAGAACAGCACGGUGGGCUCCAUGCGCAGAGUCCGCUUCAACUAAAUCCUGAUGGAACCUGUCAGCUUAACACCAAAUAAAGACCUAUUUUGGUAACA